AUGAACUACCAGGCCGUGACAUCUGACGAGGAGCUGGUGCACCAGCCUGAUCGAGAUAAAAAAUCGUCGAACAAUAUCUUAGGUUGGUAUCUGUACUGUUUUUCAAGUGAACCGUUUAUUGUAUCUGCCGUUUCUACGUAUGUUCCCCUUUUGUUGGAGCAGUUCGCAAGGUUAAACGGAGUGUCGGUAGACGACCAUUCUCUCAAUUGUGUUACCCCAAACCAAAAAUGUGUCCUGGGGGUUUUCAAUAACUCCUUUUACAUUGAUACGGCUAGUUUUGCUCUUUACACGUUCUCACUCAGUGUCCUUUUUCAAGCGGUGUUGGUGAUAUCGAUAUCUGGUUUGGUAGACAUGUGGAAUUCUGUAAAGUUUAGGGCUUAUGUCAUCCUAACUUUUGGAAUUUUGGGGGGCAUUUCUACGCUUGCAAUAUCGCAACUGAAUACUUCUCAGUUUUAUUCAUUAGCCGUUCUAGCCGUGAUUUCUAACUGCUGCUAUGGUGUGGUCAACGUGGUAGGUAACUCCCUACUACCUGUUUUCACGCGCGAUCUGAUUCAGUACAAUACAGCUCACAAGCACGAUGACCAUGAGGUCAUCACUUCGGUGAUCAGUGGAAGAGGCUCUGGUGUAGGCUACGUCGCUGCUCUUAUCGUUCAGCUCGGAUCUAUUGUUUUGAUCAAAAACAGUAAAUCACACGACAGCAUCCAGGCUGCUGUUUUCUUAGUCGGCUUGUGGUGGCUCGCAUGGCAGGUUCCUUUAACGUGGCUUUUACAAGAUGUGCUUCCACCUUUAGUUGAGGCUCAAGAUAUCCAAGUUUCCAAUUGCUUUCAUUACUUGGCGUAUGGAUGGCGGUCAUUAUUCGAAGCCCUAAAAAAUGCCAGCUUACUUAAGGACGUGGUCAUCUUUUUGAUUGGUUGGUUCAUUGUAUCAGAUUCAGUGACCACCAUAAACUCUACUGCCAUUCUUUUCGCGAAAACUGAGCUUGAAAUGAAAACAGUGGGUCUAGUAACCGUCAGCGUAUUAUCGCUUUUAAGUGGUAUCGUAGGGGCCUUCCUGAUACCACAAAUUCUCGCGUCAAGGUUUAAACUAUCGCAACAAGGCAUGAUGAUCUUCAUCAUCUGCUGGGCCGGUGUCAUUCCGCUCUAUGGUGUUUUGGGAUUCUUCUCUGAUUCCUUUGGAUUGAAGCACGCCGGAGAGAUGUACGUGCUUGCUAUUUGGUAUGGGCUAGCUAUGGGAGGCUUAUCAGCAGUUUCUCGUUCUGUUUUCAGUCUUAUCAUACCGAGCGGAAAGGAGUCCACAUUUUUCAGUCUUUUCAGCGUCACAGACAAAGGUUCUUCGAUUGUUGGACCAUUUUUGGCGGGAUUCAUUACUGACAAGACCCACAAUAUCAGGUACUCAUUUUAUUUGUUGCUUGCCCUGUUGCUAAUUUCCGUACCUGUCUUCAAAAUGCUGGACGUUAAAAGAGGCAAGAAAGAAGCACAAGACCUCAGUAACAUACAAGCAUUGAAUGACUAA